AUGAGUGAUAAAAAAGCAGUAAUAAAAAAUGCAGAUAUGUCUGAUGAUAUGCAACAAGAUGCUAUAUCAUGUGCUGCAGCUGCAUUAGAAAGACAUAAUGUUGAAAAGGAUAUUGCUGCCUAUAUUAAGAAGGAGUUUGAUAGGAAAUAUAACCCUACUUGGCACUGUGUAGUUGGACGCAAUUUCGGAUCCUAUGUAACUCACGAAACAAGACACUUUAUCUACUUUUAUAUGGGUCAAGUGGCAGUUUUAUUGUUCAAGUCAGGUUAA